UGUUUUGUAGCCAGGGUUGUCACUAAGAUUUCAAGUUGCCGGGUAAUUGUUGUUUGUAGCCAGCGAAUUCGAAGCGGUCAUGCACCCCCCCGCCUCCCAAAGAAGUUUUAGACAUUUUCUAAAAGGCAUUAGCGCCAAAAAAAGGCAAUCUUCAUCAAGAGCAGAGCUAUUAUUAGCGGUUUUAUGAUGAUCACGUCUUUAUUACUGCGCUUUUCACAAACUUGCGAAUUCUGAAGUUCAAAAGCUAACUGACGAUUGCGUUUUUCGCUGCCGUCAAUCAUCUUCACGGACCUCUUAGGAAACGAAACUUCACUGUAACGGGUUCAAAACGUCAUGGUUUGUGAUUGGUGGAUUUCGAUCCGUUUUGUGUGUUUGUGUGUUUCGUGGUUUGUUGCUUGUGAUCGUAAUUAUGAUUGACGGCAGCGAAAAACCCAAUUGUGAAGGCGACUUUUGAACUUUAGAGUUCACAUGUUUGUGAAAAGCGCAGUAAAGAAAAUUACGAAAUCACGCUGAUGACACUUAGAUGUAAACAAGUAACCCAGGGGAACUCCCAUAUGAAUGCAGCGGGGAUGCUGGUCGUCUUGCUUAGGGGUGUAAAUUUCGGAUUUUGGUCUCUUCUAGGGUGUUCUGGGCAAAACGUCAUUGUAUUUAGCCGUAAAGGUCUCUUUUAAUGGUUGCAGACGAAGAUAUAUAUUUUUUCAGUUCGUUUUUUUUUUUUAUUUACUCAAUUCAUGUCAUCAAAGUUUUCUAUAAUAUCAAUACCUAAAGAACAUUGUAACAAAAUGGUUUCUUUUAGGAGUCAAAAAAAGGUUGGCCCACGCCCAGCUUGGUCUUCUUAAGGGGUCUAAUUACAAAUUUCCGACGAGUAUCCCCGCCCCUUUCAUAUGGGAGUCCCCCAGGGUUAAAAAUGUACAUAUUGCGUGACAUUGCGCUACAUCUCUUGCAGCGUGACACGUCACAAAAAAUAGCAAAAACCCUGACAGGGAGGCAGCUCUGGUGACCAUUUUUCCCAUUUUACCUCUGUAUUUUAAUGUAUUUCAUCUUAAACGAAAAUAUUAUGAAGACUUUUAGUGUUUCUGUCCGUCGGAGAUGAUCAAACACACUGCAAAGAAAGAAACGCGGAAAUUAUGCUACUCGCUCAGUUAUUUUUUUUCUCUGCUGUUUCUUUCAGGACGGUUCCACCUUAGCUGCAAGUCAGCGAGCUUAUCAUCCGGACGAGUUCUGCAAAUCUGAAACACUCAAGAUCGGUAUCCUUUAAAUAAAUAAACGUUAUUAAAAAAAAAAAAAGACGCAAGCUUCCCUCAUCUAGCAGCAGCUGAUGUAGCGUGAGAAAAAAGCCGACAUUUCGCGAGGCCAUCACUGGUUUCCCUGCGAAAUGACGUCACAGGAACGAGCGCAGCCUUACUGAUGACGUGCAAGAGUCAUAAUUAUGGAUAUGGCUCUUGUGACGUGUCAGUAUCCAGAUCUGUUAGUGCCUUUGAUAUUUGAAUGAAGCAACGUUCUAACCAAUCAGAAGCUUUACACUCAGAUCUGGUUGGCAUUGCGUCAUCAGUAAGGAAUUUCUGCGUUCUUUCCUCAGAUGGGUCAUUAUCAAAUUACCAAUUCAAAUCGAAUUAACUAAUGCAAGUCGGUUGUUUUUCACUCCUUGACGUAUUUAUAUUCUAGAUGUGAAAUACUAUCUCGCUAAUCAGGUUCACCCAGUUGUAGCUCGUUUGUGCGAUCCCAUCGACGGAACAGAUGCAGCUCUUAUUGCCCAGUGUUUAGGUAAGUAAAUGGGCAAUUUAACUCCGCUGCUAGAAAACUGUUCGCAUCUAAACAAAAUGUGUCCACUGAUUAAGUCUCUUUAAAGUAUUUUAACUCCUUUAGUGUUUCCUUGUGGAUUGCAACAACAAAAUGACCUGAUAUCACAGUUUUAUUCUCCCGUAUUUACGGCUUCUGGCACAGAGAAUUUGCCUCUGCCCCUCCACCGGAAGGAGUUUUUCUUUAAGUUCUCUACUUGCUAUCUAUCAUCUCAUUCGUUCAGAGCCUACAGUUAAUUUUGGACGUCAGCGCAACCUGUUGUGCGCGCAAUACGUGAUUUCCAAGAGCAACGUCAAAUUGUGUUCUGCGCGUUGGUUCAUUUGUCGUUAUAACAUAGCUAGAAUGUUCGCCUAUUGAAAUUCAAUAGCGCGAGCGUGCUUCAUAUUCCCAUUGAGCACGCUGAUGACGUCGAGUUCUUGUGAGCUUAGCAGUCCUUCCAAGACGUCUCCCAAGUGCAUCCAUAAGUCAACAAUACACGAUGAAACGUUAACCAUGUGUUUUAUAACGUAAAUUUAAGAGAAAACUUGUUGUGUCAACCGAUAGUAGGGAAAAGAGGUGAAAGUUAUCGUUGUUGUUGUCAUCUGCGCGAGCUGUGCGAGCUAUGGUGUUUGCAAAUCAAUCUUUUCAAAGUUAUUUCUUUCAAAACAAUUUUUUGGUUAAUUGAUAGUUUUCUGGCACCUCACUUUGGAUUUUACAAUCUUAUUAGAAGUUUAUCACCAUUUUUUUCGUUGCAAAGGCCUGGGCCCUUCUUGUUAUCGUGGCAGCUCUGCCCUUCAUGAUGAUGAAAAUGACGCGCUGCUUGGUGGCCAGGCUCAGAUGACAGACGAGGAAAGGUUUAAGGUCGGUAUAACUGUAAAUAUUUUCCCUUCCAGAGGUGAUCAAGGUCAAAAUUCGACGAAAUUUCGCAAUUUAAUUUUGUUAAAUGAUGAAAACCAGAUAGCAGCAUAUGAGAAUACUGAAGAGGUUUCAUUUGAAUAGUAACACCAUAGGAUUUUGUCUACAGAUUCAAAUCAUCAUCAGCAUCAUACAUCAUCACCUUUAUUUAUCCUGAGAUUUACAGUGUAGCUCUUUAAGCUAAUAUCUCCGAGAUAGAAGAAAAUAAAUAUUUAAUUAAAGUAAUCAUUAUCCUAAAAAAAAUAAUAAAUAAGUUGGAACUACAUACUAAUUUUACAGUACCAUGUGAAAGGACUGCUGAAGAGGUUUCAUCUGAAUGGUAACACCACAGGAUUUGAUACACAGAUUCAAAACUGUUAGAACUACAUACUAAAUAUAUAGUACCAAGUUCAAAGUACUGCUGAAGAGGCUUCAUUUGAAUGGUAACACCAUAGAAUUUAAUCCACAGAUUCAAAAGUUAAAACCGCCUCCGUCUCCAUCUCGAUCCAUCACUCAAUGUGGGAAUUAAAAGCUGAAAGAAGUGUUCUAGUGUAGCAGUAGUGAUUAAAUCGUCUUUUCUUCGAUUUGUUGACCCCAAAAUGACCUUUAUUUUAGAAAACCAUUAGAAAAGUAGAAGUUAAAUAGCACUGAGACGUUUCGUUUUAACGUAAAGUGGAUUGUGUCUACGACAAUCGGCAUGCUCUAAACUCCACAAGACCGGAACACAAAAUUUGAGGGCGGGGGGGCAAACAACGGGCAUCAUAGUCUUUGUGAAAAUGGUGACUAGGUCAAAACACAAAUAGAAACCCUAACCCUAAUCUGUACCUUACUUGUUUCUCAAGGAUUGUGAGCGAUUUAUAGUCAAGUGUAAACGCUCCAGCUGUGGUCAAGAAACGACCCUCGAACUCCUCUUUAAAGGCGCCGUAAGUACACUUUUAACAGUUAAUGUUCAUUUACAGUUUAACAUCAAAUGAUAUUAUUUCCUUCAGUCAGAGAGUUUAUAAUUUACACUAUUCAGGGGUUUAAGGUUAAGCACAUUCAAUGCAUGAGUUAUAGCUGAACAGGGAUCUGUAAGUUAAAGUCAAAUGCGCAGUUUUCCAUUUUCGAAAACCAGCAAUGUCGAUCCCAAGCCUUUAGCAGAGGUAGGUGUAGUUUAUGCUCUGGAUUAAGGAUUACCAACAGGGAAAAGGUACAUAACAGUUCAAAAACAGAUUUAACAAGCUUUUAAAACAUUUAUAAUUGUUGUUUUUAUUGAAGCAACCAAACGAAGCACAUUACAAGGUUGUAUAGUUGAAAAACCACAAGUGCACAACAUUUGUGGAGAUACGCUCGUGGUUACAGAAUUUAUGGAAACUUAAAGCUCUUUAAGUUUAAACUUUUUAAAAUUCGUUUAGUAAGAUAAGGACCUAAAAUUGAACGUAUAAAGUCUUAGGUCUUAAAUUAAUACUUCGCACCAAUUUUUUUGUAGUCGAACGCACUGGCAGUCAACGAUACAUGUCCCGGAUGUAACAAUCAGUACAGCGCUGGCGCAGUUUCCAACCAGUUGAACGUUGCCAUGCGCAGACACAUCAAGGAAUACUACAUGGUAACUGAAGCAAUUUUGUAAAGUACUCACUUUUUGCAACUGCAAUUGUAUACAGUGGAACCUCGAUUUAAAUAAGUGACAAGGGACUGGGGAAAUUUGUUCGUUAUAUCGAGGGUUCGUUAUAUCGAAAACCUCGUUAUCACCUCGACACAAGUUUUAUCCUUUUGCAUUCAUCUUUAGUUAUCUUUCGGUCACAUGCUGACAUUUAUUCGUUAUAUCGAGGUAUAUUUUACGUUUGCGUUUCUGGAUUGUGUUCGUUAUAACGACGAUUUCGUUAAAUCGAGCUUUUGUGCCAUACAUUUUACUGUAAUUUUGGCCGGGUUGAUGAAAAUCGUUCUUUAUACCGAGGACUUUGUUAUAUAGAGGUUCGUUAAAUCGAAGUUCCACUGUAAUAAAAAUAACAAAGCAACUUGUACGGCUUUUUUGUGGGUUAUACAGCAAGGAGCAAGAAUUAGCACUUAAUCGGUUAUUGCACGGCCUUCUGUGCAGGAGGGUCCGAGUUUGAUUCCAAGAUGUGACACCAAAUUCUUCUUUCAACUUCUUUCCUUUCCGUGUAGCUUUAAGGAGCUUUAAACACCUGUAAAACAGAGCACUGAUGGGGAAAGAGAGGGGGUAAAUAUGAGCUACUGACGUAAAGUAAAGAGACUUUUAUACCUCUAUCUUACUUAAACGGAUAACACAUCCUCAAAUGCGAUCUCUGUUGGAGUUGCAAGAAUGCGACCAUCAGCAAGUGUGGGGGGUUUGAUAAUGAUGCCAAUCUUAAGGAUAUUUCCCUCAGUUAGUAAAAAGACCUUUUUAGCCGUAUGUUUUUUUUUUUUUUCCAAAUUUAGACCGUUGACCCUAAAUUGCACAAGAAUUCUUUCUUAUCCUUGCCUAAAUAAGUUUGUGCGUUCUCUUAAAGGAGCUGUGUCACGAUAUUCAGCCAAAUUGGAUAAUUAUAAAGUUCCCGUUAAAUUAAGAGAAACGUAAAAAUAACCGCUUAAAACAUUAAAGAAAGGUUAAAAUAACACAGCAGAUACAACAGAUGCCACGGAUGAGCAAAACCGAAGAAGAUUAAAACGGAUUGAAAUUAGAAUUUUUGAAAACUGUUCAGCUAAACAGUUUUUCAAAGUUGAUCCCUGCUGCUUGCAACUUCAAAAAUAAUGCUCAGGAGGCAUAUUCGUUUGUCUCGAAUCUCUGAUUUUGUCAUUUCCAUGUAAUUUCUUUUCUUAAAGUUUAAGUUCCAUAGCGAUUGAGGGCGAGUAAUUGGCAAAAUCAAACAAAAUGAACUGGACUUCCGUGAUACAGCCCCUUUAAGUAACAAUACUAAGAUGGCUGUGAACAGUCUCUUUGUUUAAAAAUUCCUUUGUUCUUUUGCUGUUGAUUUUUAUGCUUUGAAGACAGGUAUCAAAACUAACCCACAUUAUAACUAAUCGCACAGGGUUGGCAGAAAUGCGAGGACCCGUCCUGUGGUUACAGCACACGUCAAGUACCCCUGACACGUCAACGAGGCGCCCCUAUGUGCCCACAAUGCUUCAGGGCCCACUUGCAUCCAGUGGUGAGUAUAAAACUAAAACAAAGACAACCAUGACCGUGCAAAAUUUUUCUUUGACUCUGUUGGUAUUAUCAGCUAAAACUAUGUACAAACGGACAGGGUCAACAAUGUUUGGAGUUUUUAACCUCCGUGUUUGCAGUGGAGUGCACACGGAUGCAACAACUCCCAACAAUGUUAGGACCUGCAGUGCAUCGUGGGAAGGAUACAACCCAUAAGACUUUGAAGACCAUGUGUAAUCCGCGUGCGUGGCCCCAACAAUUAAUGUUCGAGGAGGUUUGCAAACGGAUCCAACAUUGUUGCGCUACGCUUCGGCGAUCACAAAGCAAAAGAAAUCUUGGGAGUUGUUGGCUCAAAACUUUGUUGGCCAACAAGGUUGCAUCCGUUUGAACGCGGAGCAAGGGAUGGCGGAGUGGUGAGAGCGUUCGCCUCCCACUAAUGUAGCCCGGGUUCAAAUCCCGGCGUCGAUGCCAUAAUGUGAGUUGAGUUCACUCUGCGAGGUUUUUCUCUAGGUAGUUCGCUUUUCCCCUCUCCUCAAAAACCAACAUCUCCAAAUACCAAUUCCACCAGGAAUCAGGUAGACGAAGAACCGCUUUGUGGAUGUGCUAUCUCCAAAUCAUUAUUUAUUUAUUUUAUUUUAUUAUUUAUUUAUUAAUCAUAACUAUAAUAAAAUUCUCAAAUCUGAUUGGCUAUCAACUGCACUGAUUUCAGUCUUAAUAGGACAGUACGCGUCAUGCGUAAAUAAUUAGGCUGAUUUAGCAACAGAACGGGAAGGUAGGUUGACAGUGGUGCGCGCAAAUCAAACAACUGGCUUGACCAAAGGCUGAGCGGUAAAUUGGGCACCAGAAGUCGAGUUUAGUCUUUUCCGCGCGAUUUCCCGUAGUCAAGUGACGUUCCCGUUCUGUCGCUAAAUCAGCCUAUUGGACAGUACGCGCCAUCACGCGCGCGAUUAAAUGGCUUGUUUUCACUGCUAGAGAAAAAGAUCGUGGAAUUUCUUGUGUUUUGAUUAAACGAAAGAGCCUUAUAUAUCACAAAUUUUGUCAAAAUUAUGAUAAAUUGGUAACAGAACUUCGUGUCGUCCAAUUCGGUCUGUAAUCAUACUCGUGAUUAAACAACUCGUACUCCCGCUACGCGGUCAUCCGAUUUUGUUAAUCGUAUGAUUACAGACCGAAUUGGACUCCACUCAGUCCUGUCACCAUUACUUAUUUAUUUAUUUAAGUAUUUAUUUAUUUAACAUUUCGUGGCCUAACUCCUUUAGUGGUUGCCAAAUUGUUUUGUUUUCAGUUCUCCGACACAGCGCUGUACACGCAACUAUUGUACUUCUCCCGCUUGUUUGACUUCGAUCACGCGGUGAAAAAUUCAAAAACAGGUCAGUAUUUUGAGUAAGUGCCGAGUGUGAGUGAAAACGUUAUUUACCCACGGUAGUUUCAUCAAAUACCUUUACGGUUAACUAUCUGUUCUUCUCGAAAGCCGUGCUUAAGAAAUUCAAUUACAUAAAAAUAUGUUUAUAUCUAAAACUAAAGCGGCUAAGAAGAGAUCGCGCACUCUAUAAACUAAGAAAGGAGAGAAUUUAUAAUGGUUGACUGACAUAGUAUGUACGACUUGAUCCUCGCCUUGAAUUUUGCAGAAAAGUCUCUUUCUUUGAACAAGAAGGGAGGGAACCCCAAAGCUCAACAGCCGCAAAAGCAAAACUAUUCUUAAAAUAGUUUGUUCUUGCUUUGGGCAGGUAGAAGGACAACUUAACCUUCAAGGGUUGACGUAAACCCGAGCGCCCAUUUCUUGCGUCAAGGCUUACGUUUCUCCUUACGUUCGCUUUUUACGCGUUUGAACGGGGACAACUCAAACGCAAGCACAAUUGCAAGGUGGAAAGGGCUCAACUGUCAUGUUGGGUUACUGAAUGAUCACGUGCCUUUUUGUGUGUCUGUGCCUGUGUUUGCGCUGGACGUGGGGACUUGUCUGCCUCGUUCCUAGGCGUCUCAAGUGUGUUGGGAAAACGGAACACGCGACUUCGAGCGAGAGUAUCGCACAAUGAACCAUGGGAACGUUGAGCGUUUUCGCAAAGGGCGCUGGGAAGGGUGAACGCCUUUCCCAUAAUACCAUGAUCCAGUCGCUCUCCAAUCCGCUAGAACGCGCCUGGGUACGAGGCAAGAAACUUGUGCUUCCGGUGGCAAAACAAAUAUUAAAUGUUUCCAAGGAAGUUGUAGAAAGUGCAAUUUUUAUCCACACCAUAGAAUAAAAAAAAUCUUUAUUAUUAUUAUUAUUAUUUACUCAUUUAUUUGAUUUGACCUUUAAACAAUCUGUUCAAAUUCUUUUCGUCUGUUUUCUUAUUUUUAGCUGUGGGCGUAACACAGACUACGAAGUCAUUUUACAAAGCUGUGCACUCAGUGAUUACCAAAGUCCUAUCUGCUAAUGGUUACUCUGAAGUGAACCUUUCGAAAUUGUUUAGUACUUUCUUCGUGUAG